UGUAGAUAAAGCCCUGAAAAUAUCUCUUCCUUUAGGCCCCAUGAAUUUUAUCUAGGGCAUUCCUCCAAUUAUUUUACAUCUUGCUCGUUGCGAAUAUGAAGUUGCUUUCAGUAUUUUCUUUGUUAUUCUUUUUUGGACUAUCCAGCUGUGCCGAUGAUGUCGUCCUCGAUGGAUUUUCGGAUCCCGCACCUGAGGAACCUACUCCUGUAGAGGCUCCAGAAUCUGAAGGUGAUGAUUUCGUUCCUGAGGUUGAGCCAUACAUGCGCGAAUUAUUGAACUAAGCAACCGGCGCCUGAGAUAUACACCCCCUUAUUCACAAUGUGUUUGCAAAAGAAAUUUCUAGCAUUCACAAAUCCAUUGAAUAAUUUCAAGAGGACGAACACAAGAAUAUAUGGGUCGCUUGUGAUGUGACAAUAAGACGAGUGGACAAAGUGUAGAGACUUUAUAAUCAUGAAGAAACUGCAAAUACCAGGUCGAAAUAUAAAUCUAGGUUAAUUCCUGCACGGAUCAAUGAUUAUUCAAAGUUGAUAUGAAGAGAGUUUUGGGGGUCAUUUUGGCUAUGAAACUCACAUAAGAAUUCAACGCGAUCUUCAGUCUGCCAUAUCGGUAGAAGUGUUCAAGAAUGGGAAAACACACAUUUAUGAUAUCCAAACUGCAUGUUCACCGUCCAGAUU